UGUGUGUGUGUGUGUGUGUGUGUGUGGAGCCACACUACGAACUCCGUUCUCUAAUCUCACGGAUCGGUUUAACUGUUAGUCCGUUUACUGUUCAUUAGCCAGGAUCUCUUUAGUCCGGCAGCAUGUCGUCCAGCACGCAGCAGGCGAACCCGAAGCCGAACCCGGAGCCGAACAAGGAGCCGAACAAGGAGCCGAACAAGGAGCCCAACAAGGAGCCCAGCACGCAGCCUAAAGAGGAGGUGAAGGAGGAGCAGGAGCCGAAAGAGGAGAAAAAGGAGGAGAGGAAUGAAGAAAGAAAAGAGGACGCAAAGGACGGAAAGAAGGAAUCCUGGAAGGAUUCAAUCUACAACCCGAGGACCGGAGAGUUCAUGGGCCGGACCGCCAAGAGCUGGGGUAAGAAAGAUCUGCAA